UCAGAUGCAGGCUGUCUUUGGGUGUUAAAUUGAAGUCAAAUGACGAUUUAGCAAGCCAACUAAUCUGUAAUCUCCUGACAAGAUCAGCAAAUCACCAAUGCUUCCUCUAAAUUCCUGUGAAAUGUUACAUUUGGGACUGAAGAACCCUAAGGCACUAUAUAUUUUCUUUUUCUCAAAUUAGAGUUAUUUAACACUGCAUCACCUGAUUGAGUAGCUACCCAAAAUCACAAGGAGUACCUACUAUUCAUUACAAUUCACUGCAGGUACUGGCUCAGGAAUUUAGGAGCACAAGCGAAAGACGACUUCUUUCACCACCCUGAAGAAUCCAUCAUGUCGAUGGAGCGGCCGCUGCUGUCUGAGUGCCCCGGGACGGACGGCGGUGAGCCGGAGGCCCCGCUGCCGCCCGGCCGAUGCGCCAUGCUGUACCUGCUGACGGCGAUAAGCGCCAUCGGCGGCUUCCUGUUCGGCUACGACACGGGCGUGGUGUCGGGCGCCAUGGUGCUGGUGCGCGCCGAGUUCCACCUCUCAGACACCUGGCACGAGCUGAUCGUCUCGGCCACGGUCGGCACCGCCUGGCUGCUCUCGAUGGCUGCCGGACCGCUGGCCGACCGGCUCGGCCGCCGGCCCGUCAUACUGGCGGCCAGCGCGGCGUUCGGCGCCGGCGCGCUGCUGGCCGCGCUGGCCGGCUCUCAGCAGACGCUGCUGGCCGGCCGGCUGGUGCUGGGCGUCGGCAUCGGGCUGGCCAGCAGCACGGUGCCGGUGCUGAUCGCCGAGGCGGCGCCGGCCGAGGCGCGUGGCUUCCUCACCACCGUCAACAUCGCGUUCACCACGGGCGGCCAGCUGGCGGCGGCGCUGCUGUGCGGCGCGCUGGCGGACGUCACCGACGGCUGGCGCUGGAUGAUGGGCGUGGCCGCGCUGCCGGCCGCCGUCCAGCUGCCCGGCCUGCUGGCGCUGCCCGAGUCGCCGCGGUUCCUGGUGACGCGCGGCCGGCGCAGCGAGGCGGCCGCCGCGCUCACCCGACUCCGGCCGACCGGCUUCCCCGUGCGCACCGAGCUGGCGCGGGUGGCGGCGCAGUGCGCGCGCGAGCAGCGCGGCCGGCGCGCGUGCGGCCCGACGGCGAUGCUGCGCCGGCCGGCGGUGCGGCGCGCCCUGCUGCUCGGCUGUGGUCUGCAGGUGAUACAGCAGCUGGCCGGUAUCAACACGGUGAUGUACUACAGCGCCAGCAUUAUCCAGAUGUCGGGCGUGCGUGACCCGACCACGGCGAUCUGGCUGGCGGCGCUGCCGGCAGCGGUUAAUUUUGCCGGCACGCUGGUAGGUAUGGCGCUAGUGGAGCGGGUGGGCCGCCGGCCGUUGACGCUGACCAGUCUGCUCGGCACGGCCGGCGCGCUGGCGCUGUUGGCGGCCGGAUUCUGGGUGAACGCGGCCCAGUCUCUGCCAGUGACGGUGCCGGCCGAGUUCCCGCAGUGCCGCCAGUACAACUGCGCCUCGUGCCAAUCGGCCGGCUGCGGGUUCUGUUUCGACGAGACGCCGGUCGGGCCGGCCAACGGCUCCUGCCUGCCGCUGCUCGCCGGUAACGCCUCUGCGCCGUCGGCCGAGUGCCGGGCUGCCCACCAGGUCUGGGCGGCCGACUGGUGUCCGGCGCCGCACUCUUGGCUGCCCGUGCUGGGGCUCUGCCUCUACCUGGUGGCGUUCGCUCCGGGCAUGGGCCCCAUGCCAUGGACCAUUAACGCCGAGAUCUACCCGGCUUGGGCGCGCGGCUCGGGCAGCGGCCUGGCCGCCUCCUGCAACUGGCUGGCCAACCUGGCCGUGUCCCUGACCUUCCUGAGCCUAGUGGGAGCGCUGGGCCGUCCGGGCACGUUCCUGCUGUACGCGGCGGUGGCGGCCGCCGGCUGGCUGCUGCUGCUCCGCUGGCUGCCAGAGACCCGCGGUGUGCGGCUGGAGAACAUGGCCGUCCUGUUCGGCGGAGACGGGGACGACCCGCCGCUGGACGAGGACGACUGCGAGCCGCCGCCGGAGGAGGACGCUGCGCUGCUCGGAGCCAACUCCUCCCCCGAGGGAAGUCCCCCCCCCCCGUCUGUCUGCGGGCGGACGGCUCACCCCCGACCUCCAGCCGCGGUGACCGCCCGGCGAACUGAACUGCCUGACCGGUCACUGCAGGGCGAGGCGGGUUCACAGGCUCCAGCGUCCCGCCAUCCCCUGCCACAGCCCUAAUGAGGCCAGUCGGGGUUCGGUAAAGUCUGCGAUUGGAAGCCGGGCGACUACUUUACCGGCCGUGUAACGCGUCUACUUCGGUACCUGGGCGGUAGUUUGUAUUAUUUUUGGUGAUAUACGUAACGGUGGUGCUUAUCUACUGCAUGUGAGUUGUGCGCUGAUCGUCAUUGCGGGUAUGAGUUUUAUUCAAGCCUGUAUUCCCAAGGUGGUAAUCUCGUCUGAAGGAAAUAAGUUGUGACAUUCUGUGCUUCCCAGGCUCCUCGCCGUCUGUCAGGUUGUGUCAGGGCUCCGUGCAAUUGAACACUCCGUUUUCGCUAUUGCUUUUCGAUCUUACGUUUUCUUGAGGCUUCAUGAGUUUACGGGCAGUUUUGUGUAUUAUGUGUAAAAUGCCAGUAGCAACGUCUUCCGCGCGAUGAGUGCAUCUUUUAUCUUGUUUCCUCUUUUGUUGAGUUGUGCCGAUCAAGAGACCACCGUCCCACUGUUUUCGUGGGCGGUGUAUGUGAUAUGACAGUGAAGGUAGUUUAUAUGCCAGAUUUACAUCCAGUGCCUUCCAUGAUAUCAAUGGUGCGACCUUUCGCAAUAAAAGCCAGUCGUAUUGUC